AUCAACUGGAACACUUCCAAUUCUUGUUCUCUCAUUACUGAAACUCCUCGGAUAUCGUCGUGAAAUUGAUCAUUUUCUGAUCGGAUUCAGUUUCACACUAUGCUCAAUGGGCUUUGCCACUGCGUUCAAUACUGUUUAUUUAUAUACAGCUUUGACAGCCAUCGGUUUGACACUUGUAGUGACUGCAGCUGUACUCCAUAUGGCUCUAUAUAUGAGGGAUUCGAAUUUUCAAUUUACCAUUACACUUUUCGCGGUUUUAUGUGCUUCACUACUCAGUGGAAUUAUUAUGUUCAUUAUUGAAUUCGUAAAGGAGGGAAAACAGAAGAACCUGAGAAUCGCCGUUGGAGUUUGCUUCCUUUUCGCUAUGGUUUUGGCCAUUUUUCUGACGGUGAAUAGACUGCGAUUUUGCACCGCAUAUAAAGAUGUUUAUUGCACAAUAAUAUUUCGAGCCUUCUGUUUACG